AUGGCACCCCAACCCUGGGAUGACAAUGGCUGUAACAAAGGCACCCAAGGAGGCAGCUACCUCCUUGAAAAAUGUCUGGGUAACAAAGCACCUGCUGUUUUACAAAAACAUUGGUCAACUUUUAUCACUGAAAAUGACUUUGCUGAGAUGUCCAAACAUGGUGUCAAUGUUGUACGCAUACCUAUUGGUUGGUGGCAGAUCUACGACCCGCAAGGUGGUGCGAGUAAAGCCAAACUAAACUACCACAUCGCACCCACUGAUUAUCACGUGGGUGGUCUGGCUUACAUUGAUAAGGCUUUUGAAUGGGGUCAAAAGUACGGUAUCGGUAUCUUACUGGGAAUGCACGCCGCACCUGGAUCUCAAAAUGGCAAUGACCAUUCAUCGCCCGCUGAACAUCCUGGUCAAGCCUUAUUUGGUUUCUGUCUGCUCAAUGAGCCAGCACAUAUUGACAUCGGUAAGUUGCAAGAUUACUAUAAGCGAGCCUACGCUGCCGUACGUAAACACUCGGCCGACUCACACAUAGUGCUAAACCCGUUGAUCACCCCUUUCGAGUCGGGCACUGAGUCUCAUUGGACAGGCUUUAUGAACCCGGGCCAGGGUUUCACCAAGGUGGCCAUGGACCUGCACUACUAUUCAUGCUUUGGUGGAGGUGCCGAUCAGACUAACCCCGAU